AAAUGGGAGGGACGAAAAUCUAAACUUCCGGCAGUGGGUCAAAGAACAUGGCCACUUCGUUGUGUCACCAUGGGAUUCGAAUGGUUCUCUUGAUAUUUGGCCUCCUGCACUCAGCUCAGCGUUGGGUGCAGGCGGUCCGUGUUGACGCAGUUUUAAUUGAAGAGGAAUCUAUAAAAAAGGAUAAAACGGGGUCCCAAAUAAUAUAUGAUUCAAUCAAACAGAAAAUCCGACUGAUCGGCCAUGAACUCUCCGAUGAAACAGAAGUAUCCUUCACAACCAACGAGCAACAGAGGAACAACAGCUGCAGUGAUUUGAAGCGGACCAGCGCUUUCGUGGCCUCAUCGUCCGAAGCAAAUAUAUCAGUGAUAUUUAAAGUAACAUUGAACCCUCUACUUCCCGGAGAAACUUAUUAUUAUUUGUGUAUAAAGCAAUCUUACACCGUAAAUUCCGUGAAAAUGGAUCAUUGGAUCCACCAGGGUAGCGACUCUUGGCUCCGACUUAAGGCUGAAACAUAUAGAAAGACUUUGUUACCUGUAUGGAUCCAAAUAAUUUUGAUAAUUGUUCUGUUAUGCUUGUCAGGCCUUUUCAGUGGUUUGAAUUUAGGGUUGAUGUCUUUGGAUAAAACAGAAUUAAAGAUUAUCGAACAGUCAGGUUCCAAAUCUGAGAAGCGUUUCGCGCGGAUUAUACGACCAGUCCGAGAGAAGGGAAACUUUUUACUUUGUACUUUACUUUUAGGUAAUGUUUUAGUGAACAACACAUUAACUAUCUUGAUGGAUGAUUUGACCGGCAGUGGUGUUUUUGCCGUCAUAUCAGCCACCGUAGGUAUUGUUGUUUUUGGAGAGAUAGUACCACAAGCCAUUUGUUCGCGCCAUGGACUAGCUGUCGGAGCCCGCACUGUAUGGAUUACACGCUUAUUUAUGGUCUUGACAUUUCCCCUCUCCUAUCCUGUUAGUUUAAUAUUGGACAAAAUUCUGGGAGAAGAAAUCGGUCAGGUGUACAACCGAGAAAAAUUGCAGCAGCUUAUUAGGUUGGCGAAAGAUUUGAAAUGUGAAGAAGUAGACAUAAUCUCCGGAGCGUUGGCUCUAACUAAAAAAACGGCGAAAGAUGCUAUGACUAAAAUGAGUGAUGUUUUUAUGCUAGAACUCAACACUAUCUUAGAUUUUGAGACAGUGUCUGAGGCCAUGAAACAAGGUUACACUCGAAUACCUGUUUAUGAGAAAGACCGUGAAAAUAUCGUAGCUAUUCUCAACAUCAAGGAUUUAGCCUUAAUUGAUCCUGACGAUAAAACCCCUUUGAGAGCGGUGUGCAAGUUUUACAAUCACCCCGUGUUGUUUGUUUUUGACGACCAUAAACUGGAUAAUAUGUUACAAGAUUUUAAACAAGGUCAGUCUCAUAUGGCUAUAGUGCGAAGAGUGAAUAAUGAAGGAGAUGGUGAUCCUUACUAUGAAACUCUGGGCAUCAUUACAAUGGAAGAUGUCAUUGAGGAGUUGAUACAGUCUGAAAUUAUUGAUGAAACUGAUACAGUUCUUGACAACAGAAUGAAGAAACCUCGUCAUCUUGAUCGCAAGGACCUCAGUAUAUUUAAUCAGCCAGAUGAAGCAAAUCAACCCCAUGUUUCUCCACAGCUUACAUUGGCUUGCUUCCAGUUCUUGUUUUCAAGUGUUGAGCCAUUCAAAGAAGAAUAUGUAUCAGAGUCUGUGUUAAAACGUCUCUUGAAAGAGUAUGUAAUGAGAGAAAUUUGUGUAAAUCAAGAUGAUGACCAAGCCAACUACCUCUUCAGAGAAGGACAGCCAUGUGAUUUUUUUGUCCUUAUUUUGCAAGGACAUGUAAAUGUAAUUGUUGGAAAGGAACAUAUGGUCUUUGAUGGUGGACCAUUUUCAUAUUAUGGAGUGGAAGCACUAAUGAACGUCCCAAGAUCAGUUAUUUCCCCUGGAAGUUCCUUUGGAAGUGAAGUGAUAAAACAAGAACCCUACACCCCUGAUUACUCAGUAAAAGCACUCACUGAUCUUCAAUAUUUGUUGAUUCCUCGUGGGAAAUACAUAGCAGCUCGACGGGCAACACUAUUUGGUCAGAAGCGGGAGUCAUUGGCAUCCCAGAUUGAAGCUGAGACAUUUAAGCAGGAGUUGAACAAAACUAAAUCAUCUCAUAAUGGACAUAGUCAUGCCCUUUGGAAGCCUACAGUGGAAGAUGAUGGGUCAUCAUUCAGCUCUAACAGUAGACGUGCUUCAGAUGGAACAAUUCAUAAAUAUAAUUACUUCAGUGGCAAAUGUAGUAGUGGUGUAAUUGCUGGAGGCAGCAGCAGUUCAGUAAAUGUUAUGAAAGAAGCAGCAGUGUCAGCAUCAUCAGCAGUUGCAUCAUCAGGGGCAGUGCCCAUGCAGAAGUCUGUGUCGUCAGGCUACAUUUCAAAUUUGAAGCAGAAUUUAUCUUCUCAUGAGGUGAAGGAAGCUAGUGGCAUCAUCAGCAGUGGAGAUGUCAGCAGCAGUGGAGGAGGUGAUGCUCAUCAUCAUCAUCACCAUCACAGUAGCAAUGACAACAACAUGGAGACAAGAAAGCUUCUACUUCCAAACAACGAAGAAGAAGAGGAAGAAGAUUGUGAUGAAGGUGAUGGUUGUGCUGAUUGUGAUAACUCUACUGUCGCUAACCCUGCUGAUGCUGUUGCUACCAGCACUACAAUCCACUCUGAGACUGACUCAAAUAACACUAACCAAGUUGGGGGAGCUGGUGGUGAACGAACACCUCUUGUAGUGUGAUAUCUAAGUGAAUUUUAACUCACUGAAUGACUUACCAUCCAGACAAGGGAGAGUUGUGGUGGUGGUGGUAAAUGCCUGGUUAUGAUACAUGAACACAUGUAAACAUCAUGCACUACAAACAAGAUAUACAUGGACGUAGACAUAUUAUGUACACAUUUAUGUGAUUCCCCAAAUGCACCUGCAAAUGUAUACAUACCUGUAAGCAUAUACACUGACAUUUACAUACAUAAUUUAUAUACACACAUUUGUUUUCUAUGUAAAUAGACUCUUGUUUAGACACAUGUAAACAUAUACAACCACACAAAUAUUUGUUUUAUUAAAAAAAAAAAAAAUGGAAACAUUACAAAUACAUAGGGGAAAGGAUGAUUGAAAUUUUGAGAGAUAAUUUGUACAUAAAUUGAGGGAUCAGAGAUAGAGGCAAAAUAAGGAGAGCACAGAAAUAUUAUAAUAACAAAUCAAUGAACAAUAGCAAGUGCCCAAACAACAGCAAAAAUGACAUAAAAAUAACAUAAUGUCAGCACUAACAACAGCAGUAGUGACAAUAAUGUCAUUAACACAAUUAUACUACUAAAACCAAUACCAAAAACAAGAAAAUAAUCUUUACGCGCUUAUUCUCAU